AUGAUAUUGAUCGAAAAUAAUAAAUACCUGUGUAUCGAAUGUAUUCGGGGUCAUAGAACAAGUCAGUGUAAACAUAAUUCCAGACCUUUGCUUCAAGUGAGAGCCAAAGGAAGACCAAAUAUCCAAAAUAAUCCCAGUUAUAGAAUAGCAGUAUUUGCCAAAAAGUACAAUGAGAAAUCAGAUAGCAUUGAUGUCACAGAGUUUUCCAUGAAGUACAUUAUAGAUUUCAAAACUGGCGAUAUCAUUGGACCUUAUACUUCAGAGUCGAGUAAAAUGUUCAAACCCGAUUCGCCUAAAAUAGACAACAAUAGUUUUAUUAAUUCUGCGUCAUGUUGUGGUAAGAUCGGUAAAACAUCUUGUGGAUGUAAGCAUGGAACCAGCAAGUCUAGGAUUUUGAAAACUUAUUUGAAGACAACCAAGAAAUGGAGAUUCAUAAGUAAUAAUAGUGAAGCUAAGAGAGAAAGUUUGAAAGAUGAAAUCAACAAGAAAUUGACAAACUGUGAAUGUGACGAGAAUUGUCAAUGUGAAGGAUGCUUGAUCCAUAACAAUAAGUUCGAGUUCAAUGAAGUGUUUAAUUUACCAGACAUACCAUUCGAAAACCAACAAUUUCAAAUCUCGAAUACCCCAAAUUUAUCCCAAAACAAAAGAUUACAGGAGAAAAAGGCUUGUUGCAGUAAGCUGGUUGCCCAGAAUAACCAGAAGAUCAUGGACGAUACUCAAGCAAACUCACUUAACAUCCCAGAAGACAAUCUAUUUAAAGUUGAAAAUUGUUUCAUAAAUGAGGUACCUGAUCUAGAAUUAAAAUAUUAUCAAGAUAAUAUUCAAACGGAGUUAAUGGACAGCAUUAAUGAUUUGAAGGAAAGAGACAGCGAUAGAGAAGAUUGUGGAUGUGAAGCUAACAAUUGUCAGUGUUUGAACUGUGAAAAGCAUGGUAUUAUAAAUGGAAUAAAAUUAGAUGAUUUGUUUAGUGGUUUGGAUAAUAAAAUAUUCCGAAAUAGUAUAUAA